GAAGCGCUUGUUGUUGGAAUGAUGAAAAGAAGUCUUAAUUAGAGAUACAGGAUGAGGAGAUAAAAUGAAGCUUCUUUUUUUAAAUAAUUGUGAUGAUUUUGUAGAUUUGACAGAAAGUUGCAUCCUCUCGUGCAACAACUCUCUUUAGUGCAUUGCCUUUUAAAACUUUUCUGGACACAGAAAGGAAGGAAAAAGUCUAAUACGGCAGCAACAGCAGCGCCUAAACAUGACACCACAGAUGUUGCAAACAAAGGAACAAAGAAAAUAAACCGUGUGCCUUCCAAUUUAAAUUAUUUAGAAACAGAAUCCGGUGCGUUUGGGGAUUGAUCUUUGGAGAGAUGCACCAGUCUUGUUUUUUAGUUUGCAUCGACGCACAGGAACAAAACACGAUCGUAAAAACAAACGCACUUGCGAGCAGGUAAACACCCACGCCCUAAAAUUUACGAAAAUUUUCCUCUCUGAUACUGCGCGCCGGUAACGGCGCACUUGCGAAGAAAUCCGAGGUUGCCUGUGGUCCCUGAAGGUAUCAUCUCCUGUUGCUCCGAGAGGAGGCAGGCCGGUGAUUUUCCACUGCCUGUAUGUAGUCCCCCCAGACUCUCCCCCUCUCUGGUGAAAGACAAAGGUCAGAAAGAAGCUUAUAAAUAGGCUAAAAUAUAGGCUACCGACGCGUCCAGCCCUCAGUCGCUCUCACGGACACAGGAGGACACGGACAAGACGAAACGGACAAGGGACCGCGCUCAAAGGACAUUAAAAGGACAAAAAAUAAUCUACAGAAUCACACCAACAUAGCAGAAUGGCUCAAAAAGAGAAACUCCAGUGUCUGAAGGACUUCCAUAAGGACACCCUGAAGCCAUCUCCUGGUAAGAGCCCUGGCACCCGGCCUGAAGAUGAGGCGGAGGGCAAACACCCCCAGCGGGAGAAGUGGGCCAGCAAGCUGGACUUUGUUCUGUCUGUGGCUGGCGGCUUCGUUGGUUUAGGGAACGUCUGGCGUUUCCCGUACCUCUGCUAUAAGAAUGGUGGAGGUGCGUUUCUCAUCCCCUACUUCAUUUUCCUGUUUGGCGGAGGUCUGCCAGUCUUCUUCCUGGAGGUCGCCCUGGGUCAGUUCACCUCCGAGGGUGGCAUCACCUGCUGGGAGAAGCUCUGCCCCAUCUUUACUGGUAUUGGUUACGCCUCCAUUGUGAUCGUGUCCCUGCUGAAUAUCUACUACAUCGUCAUCCUGGCUUGGGGCCUCUACUACCUGUUCCAGUGUUUUCAGCCAGAGUUGCCCUGGGCCAAGUGCAAGCAGCCCUGGAACACCGAUCGCUGCAUCGAGGACACCUACCGCAAGAACAAAAGCCUUUGGCUGGCUGCCAACGCCUCCAACUUCACCUCCCCCGUCACCGAGUUCUGGGAACAUAAUGUGCUGGGUAUCACCAGCGGUAUUGAGGAUAUCGGUCCUGUUAAAUGGGACCUGGCCCUGUGUUUACUGCUCGUCUGGGUCAUCUGCUUCUUUUGCAUCUGGAAGGGGGUCAAAUCCACUGGAAAGGUGGUCUACAUCACAGCCACGUUCCCAUUCGUCAUGCUCAUCGUGCUGUUGAUUCGUGGCGUGACGCUGCCGGGUGCUUCCGAGGGCAUCAAGUUCUACCUGUAUCCCGACCUCGCUCGCCUGAAGGACCCAGAGGUGUGGAUUGACGCCGGCACGCAGAUCUUCUUCUCCUACGCCAUCUGUCUGGGCGCCAUGACGUCCUUGGGGAGCUACAACAAGUACAAAUACAACUGCUACAGGGACUGUUUGCUGCUGGGAGCCCUCAACAGUGGUACCAGUUUUGUGUCUGGCUUCGCAAUAUUUUCCGUCCUGGGCUUCAUGGCACAAGAGCAAGGGGUGGACAUUGCUGAUGUGGCAGAGUCAGGUCCAGGCCUGGCGUUCAUUGCCUACCCUAAGGCUGUAACCAUGAUGCCUUUUCCUACACUCUGGGCAAUCCUCUUCUUCAUUAUGCUGCUGCUGCUUGGCCUCGACAGUCAGUUUGUGGAGGUGGAAGGGCAGAUCACAUCACUGGUGGAUCUGUAUCCGUCCUUCCUAAGGAAGGGAUACCGCAGAGAGGUCUUCAUCGCUAUCAUCUGCUGCAUCAGCUACCUGCUUGGACUUACCAUGGUUACCAAGGGUGGCAUGUAUGUUUUCCAGCUGUUUGACUACUAUGCAGCUAGCGGUGUGUGCCUUCUGUGGGUGGCAUUCUUUGAAUGUAUAGCUGUUGCCUGGGUUUAUGGCGUUGAUAAUUUCUACGAUGCGCUUGAGGACAUGAUUGGCUACAGACCAAAUCCUUGGAUGAAAUGGAGCUGGUCUGUUAUCACUCCUUUACUGUGCAUGGGCUGCUUCAUCUUCUCCUUGGUCAGAUACAAGCCAUUGACGUACAACAAGGUGUACGAGUAUCCUGACUGGGCCGUUGGAAUAGGCUGGACUCUGGCCUUGGCCUCCAUGAUCUGCAUUCCCAUGGUGGUGGUCAUCAAGAUCAUCCGAUCCGACGGGCCGCUCAUUGAGAGGAUUAAGGCGGUGGCCGCCCCGGUUCGCGGCGGGGCCAGCUCCCGGCCCGCAGACCACCGUGGCCCCAAGGAGCUCACCUACCCGCUGGACCCCAACGGGAACAAGGGCCUGCUGAUGAAGGCUCCCACCCACACCAUCGUAGAAACCAUGAUGUAAAGGAAUGAGGCGGAGGCUCUCCAUGAGAUCGCUCUCUUCUCCUCUCCUGUCCUCUGAAAUGCUUCUAAAGCUAGCUAGCUUUCUGUCUGUCUGUCUAUGUCUGUCUGGUGGACUGAUAAGGGUUUUAAGGAAAAGAAGAAAAAAAAAAGAAGUUUCACUUUUCAAAUCUUUUAGGAAUACUUGGGAAGUAGUUUGCUGUUGGUGGUUUUCUUAAGAGGGUAGCCAUCACAUUUCAAAUCUAUUUCUGAAUUACUCACAAGCUGUGUUUUUGUUUUUUUUUUCUUAGUGUUUUUUUUUUUUUUCCUAUAAGUCGAUUUCAUGUGACUACAUGCUCCGCCGUUGUCUCGUUUGAAGGCAAUGUGGCAAAUUAGCACCAGCCUCUGGUCACACGCUGGUUGAUUUCUGUUUGUUCCACCAGCUGAUUCUGCAGAUAACCAGCCAUUGUUCUUAAAAAAAGCAGGAAGAAAGCGGUUAUUGAGUCUUGGAAUCAAACAGCGUUUUGUAGCCACAAAAGAUAGAAGAAAAAGUUUGAUCAUGGAGCCCCACAAACAGAUGUUUUGGGAAUGUUUUUUUUUGCCUGUGAUACACUAAUCCGAGGGCGCGUGCCAUAGGGUUCAGCUUAUUCUAUUCCGCUGUGUUCAGUCGAGGCCCUGUUGAGAUCGACAGGUUUUUUGAGGCAUUCCCCCCAUUUUAGUCAUCAGGAUUUCUGAAAUCAGCUGCACCAGGCAAGACUUUUAUUGUGAAAUGCAACUAACCAAACAUUGAUUCAGAUCAAUCCAAAUCAAACUCCGGUGGGAAGAAAACGUGACAAAUCAAAUCUCAAAACAAAAAUUGCAAAGCUGCAGCCACCGGAGUCGAAUCCAUUCCCUCGAUCGCCUCGUUUUUUCCCCCUCCAGCUGUAAUCAUGGACCUGCCACAUUGGCAAUAAUGAGCAAACUGAAAAUUCACCCUGUAGGUCACGAAUGCACAAAAUUCCCCGUGCUGCUAAAUUUUUUAUCUUUUUUUUUUUCUUUAGAAAUAAUCAGAAAAAUGUAUCGUUAACGCAGCCGCGGUAGCUGCUGCUGACCCUUAUCGAACCAGAAUCCUGGUUUUUUUAAAUGCACCUUAGCACAAAUAUUCCCAUCUUCCAUAGAGAGAACACGAGCACUGAGACGGCGACGGGGAAACCUGCUCCUGCACAAAGAGAGACGUAUCUGAAAGGAUUUGAAGUGUGGAGGUUGAACCCUUGAGUGUGUUGUCUGUGGCGUACUGUACAGUAGUAGCUAAUCAGUCUAUCUAUAUCUAUCUCUUUAUCUAUCUCUCUCUGUCCUAGACCAGUUUACAGUACAUUAGUGACUGCACUAGGCACUCUUGGCUUAAAAAUUUUUUGGAUUGGAUUUGUUUUAUUUGCUACAGAGGAAGAUACAUUAUUAUUAUUAUUAGUUUUUUUUUUUUCCUCUGUCAAUGUUUAGAUCUUUUGUUUUUUUUUUAUUAAUGUUAUUGGUAUUCACUAUUGAAUUGCUGUAGUUUUACAUAGAAGAAGGAACACUUCUUUCAUCUGGUGAAAAUACUAAGCUAUUAUACAAAUCAUACAUUUACAAUGGCAGCCAUUGUAGUAUAGUCCUCAUUCUACUUUUCUUCUGCCUUGGUCCUGACAAUUCUGCCUUUAGCAUCACAUAGAACAUACAAUUGAUUUUAUUCCCAAAUAUUUUCUCUUGGUGGAGGGUUAUAGGGGCUUCAAACAGCAGUUUACUGCACAGUCGGGAAAAAACCAAUGGGGAUUCUACAAUGGCUCCAUCUGUACAUUUGUAGGUGUUGGGGGUUUAUAGCUUUUCCUCUUCUGUAAAUACCAGUGGACAGUAUUUAAUUUGGAUAAACUCAGCCAGACGGGGCUCUGCAGCCAGCGGUUCAACACCAUGUCACCAAGUCAGCGACUCAAAGCAAGCCCUGGUUGGGCAACACUGCCAACAAACCAGCCGGUGUCGACUCGUCUGAGUGUCAGAGCUCCCUCCCAGACACUGUGAAACGUGGCAGCUGGCUGCAGACAGAUUUAGUCAGUGACUGACAGAGUUUGGUCUUUUCCAGAGUCACCAUGUUGCUUCACCUCAAUUAAAAUGAGCGAUAAGGGGCUUCGUUUCAAGCGCAAACCGUUCAAAAAAAGCAAUUAAAUGGUCCAAAAAAAAAAAAAUGCAUGAAAGUGCAAGUUUUGCGAGUCGGGCAGAAUCGCCCGUCCUCGUUUGGGAUUAGAGAGCAAAUAAAAUGCCAGACUUUGUGGGAUCUUAAAAUGCUGCAACAACAAAAAAAAAGAAGAGGGAACAGUUGCAAUUUAAUACUACAGCCAACUGUCCUUUUCUCUUAGAUGAAUAUAUAUUCUUGUUUUUUUCCGAUUGGACGUUUCUUGCAGCAGACAAUUAAAUCUCCUUUGUUGAGAAGUUGAAACGAGCAACAUCCCAAACUCGCCCCGCGAUACACGAGCUGUAUCCUCGACGCUGGCUGAUUUUUUUUAACAGUCGUGACGGCAGAUUCUACAUCCAUCACAAUAACGAGGGGCCAUAAUACUGAUGAUGGGAACCGUUACCAACCGAGAGCUACGACAGUCACCGCCGCUAUCCUCAUUUCAAUAUGUCUGUGUUAACAAGGGGUUUCCCACGUGUAUGUGUCACCAGCGACCAUCCACUCAGGACCUUUCUCUGUAGUGCUUUUGUCUACUGUAUAGCUGCAUUAACCCAGCGUCCCAAAAAAAUUAGACUUUUUAACUGUGGGUGACAAAGAGCCGCGGCGGUAAUAAUCAAAACCGAUGCUUUCAUCCAGCUUGAAAGGCCGUGAGGGCAGCUCUUUGCCGCGUGGAACGGAAAAAAAAAAUAAAAAAUCACACCUCAACUGCCUAUUUUAUCCACAAUCAAAGGCAAAAAUCCAGAGAGAGUGAGUGGAAGUGAGUCUUUAAUGCACCUUAUUUGUAUAAUUUGGAUUUCAUAUCAAAUGAUGAGGCCAAAAACAAAUACUGCCAUCUUUUUAUUCAGGGUUCUCAGUGGCCUCUCCUGUAACAGCAACAAACAAAUAUAUCGGGAUACUGUCGACACACUCUGCUUUUGCUCUCCCAGAAGCAGACACAUUGAAAUGCAUACAGUUAUACAGUAAACACACACACAUUGCAGGAAUCCGACCAACAACUCAGCAUCAGAAGCAACAGCGAGACCAGGGCCUCAUUUCAUGGUUCAUUUAAGCUCUGAUCAUUUAUUUGUCAGUUUUGUUUUUAAAUUUUAUUUUAUUUCUUCAAAUAGAAUAAAGUAGUCGAUAUCAUUAAAAGGGAUUUGCGAAACCAAAUCCGCAGCAGACAUCUAUUUUCAUACAACUUUUUCCUAUAUAAGUCGUCUUUGUACAGCUAAGCUCCCAUUUUAAUACAGAUACAAAGCUUCAUUUUAAUCGUAAACUUUUGUACAGAUCUGGCUCUUGGUUCCUCUGAAGGAUCUUUGCACCGAGGAGAAAAGAAAAACUGUCGACAAAAAGCGGUCAGAACAACCGGACGUUUUAAAAACAGUAUGCAAACAUGAUUUGUGGCACUUUCAUUUGUUUAAAAUUGUGCACAAUUCCAAGAAACAGCUGCCAGUAGCAAAGCUGAAAAUGAACUCUCUAUUGGAAAGU